GGCCGCGAUGGCGCAGCGGGUCUGGGUGCUGAGGUGUUGCCGCUGCCGCCGCUUCCAGGGGCAGCAGGCCAAGCGCAGCGGGCGGUGGAGCUGCAGCGUGUGCGGCCAGCGGCAGGCCGUGCAGAAGGUUUAUGGGCAGGGCUCGGGCCUGGAGUGCAGGCGCCACGUCCAGAAGCUGAACGUGCUGCAGGGCGAAGCAGAGGAGGCGCUCGGUUGGACAUCUUGGUGUGUAGAAGACUCUAUAAAUGACAGCAAAAAUAGAGCAGCACAGCAUGAGGACAGUUCAGUCCAGCAGGAGGGAAGGAGAGAAGGCAGUCGCUGGAGUAAAUAUCUGGACCAGGAGAGUGAGGAUCAAGAAGAUGAGGAGGAGGCGGCUCUGGAAAGGCAACAGUUCUGUUCCCAGAGAAAGAACACUGUGGGAGAACAAAGGAAACACCCGAAGCACUUCCUCUCCAGUGAUGUUCCAGAGCAUGCAGAAGAAAGUGGAAUGUCUCAGCUUCUCUAUCAAGUCAAAAAAGUUAAAACCACUGAGUGCAAGAAAUGCUUUGUAGCAGUGCCUGGUGGACAUGAUGGAGAUGCUGGUUCUGGAGGCAGUGUGGCUCCUGCUGUCUGUGAGACUGUAGUGCCUGAGAAGAAUACACAGCCCCCAUCUGCUUGCACCAAACCAUCCAAGUGGGGAAAAUUUCUCUCGUUAUCUGACAGCUCUAGUGAAAAUGCUGCUGUAGGGACCAUGGCACAGCAGGAGGGCAGUGGAGGUGGGGGGCUGGGCAGCACAGCUGCUGGUGGGGCCUGGAGGUGCUCAGGACAGCCUGGAAGAACUCUAUCUCAGAGUACAGGUUUUAAAUUUACAAAGUGUGUUGUAAGCACUGAGGAUCUGGCCUCAGCACUGCCCAGCAGCAAUGAGGAUGUGCUCAGAGAAUCUCACGAUCAGGUGCUAAGGGUGGGAUCUGCUGCAGAGACCACUGCAGGAAAGUGCUGCUUUGAUACCCCAGGGAGGGCAAACACCCUUGUUAAUGCUUACCCUGGGCCAAAGGUGAGCAACAUUUCUUGUGAGCAACUCUUCUGCACAGGUGAGGAGUUUGAUGAUGAUCUCUGAAGUUCAGGCGUCUUUGGUAUGUCUUUCUUGGCCCUAAUGCAUUUGAGAUGUUGUUUACUGAGACAGUUUUGAACUAAAGGUGUUUUCACUCAAAGCCAUAGAGAACUGCACUAUUAAAGUUGCUUACAUGUUU